ACAACGCAACCGUUAACAUAUUUUCCUAUGCCGCUAUGGGAGAACGUAUCGAGACAUCUAGGGAUGCGAUUGGAAUCUCCGGCGUAGAGAGGAACAUGCGUGAGCGUCCACAUGCGCAGGAGAGAGCAGAGGCUCUUAUAAAGACUUGUAAAGAGCGCCUUCUAAUUGACUUGGCAGUGCAUGUGAAGACAGGAUAGCGUUCACAUUGUAAAAUUCGGCGAUUCAGGAGCAGCGCGGCAUUAUCCGAUUUCCUGUGGCGGAAGGUGUUACACCGGCCGCAAUUCAUCGCCGGAUGGUCACCUUAUACGGGGAAGACUGUGUGUCAGACAAGUCAAUGAGAAAAUAGAGUGCCGGUUUUCGUGCAGGCCGUGAGAGUUUGGUUGAUGAUCCGAGACCAGGCCAGGCAAAUACAGUCAUUACGGCUGAUCUCAUCGACAAGGUGGAAGACCUAGUGAGAAGUGAUCGGCGUGUCACAUUGCGAAUGUUGGCGGUGAAAGUGGAUGUCAGCAUUGGAACAGUGUGGACAAUUGUUCACGACAGGUUGUGUUGUCGGAGGGUGUGCGCGCAGUGGGUUCAGAAGCAGCUGAUCGACUAGCACAAGGGACUGCGUAUGGGGCUAGCACUUCAUCAUCUAUUUUGGUAUCGUGAAGACCCCGCUUUCCUGGAGCGGAUCGUCACAGGUGAUGAAAGUUGGUGCCAUCACUAUGAGUCAGAGACAAAGCGGGACAGCAUGCAGUGGAAGCAUACGUCGUCGCCUCCCCCUAAAAAGUUCAAAGCCAUGAUGUCAGCAGGCAAGGUGUCGCUCACCGUCUUUUUCGACAUCCAAGGUCUGCUACUUGUUGAAUUCCUCGAGCACAGAAGAACCAUUAAGUCCGAUGUGUACUGUGAGACACUCCGAAGACUACGCAGGUUCAUCAAGAACAAAAGACCGGGGCUGCUUACGGAGGGUGUGAUUCUGCUCCAUGAUAACGCGCGACACAUCUCCAGCGUCACAUGCGCGGAACUGGCCAAGUUCAAGCGGGAACAGCUCAACAAUCCGCCCUACAGCCCGGACAUCUCGCCCUGCGAUUUUCAUGUGUUUGGUCCCCCGAAAAAACAUCUGAAAAGGAAGCGCUUCAACUCGGACGGCGAACUCAAGGACGCUGUGAAGGACUGGGUCUCGUUUCGGCCACAGGAAUUCUGGGAACAAGGAAUCCUUCGGCUCGUUAAUCAUUGGGAUCGUUGUGUUCAGGCUUAUGGUGUAUUCUUUGAAUAAAUACCCACAUGCCUACUUUGAAUU